UUCCGUGAACGCGUUCGCGACCUGUGCGUGUGCCUUCCGCUAGCGAGAGAGAGAGAGAGAGAGCGCGCGCGCGCGUGAGCCCAUCCAGAGAGGCGCGCGCGUUUCGUUUGACAGUUAACUGUGCGCGCGUGCAAGCGCCAGAGAGAGAGAGAGAGAGAGAGAGAAAACAGCAGUACGGGUGUGCGGGUGUGCGCAAGUGAUCAUUCGCGGUUGUGUGAAGUACGUCUUCGGAAAAGUGCAGACGAGCGGAAACCAACAAGCGCUUCCUCGCGGUGAGAUUAGCGAGAGAAAAACGACAGAGACCCCACGUCCUGUCGAACAGUGCCUACUUCGAGGGGAUGAAUUAGUGUCAGCGAGGAAAAAUAAACACCACCGCAUCAAUAUCAUGGCAGUAGGCGCAGCAUCACGGGCCAUGCUUUUCAACGGACGCUGGGACGACGACACCGGAGGCAAUGGUGAUGAAUGUCCCUUAGGUCACCGGUCGUUUCGAGCACGGCUGUGAACGGAAUUGGAUGCGACAAAUAAGUGCGAAAAAACAGUGACGAUACCCUGCGCCCGGUUGGUUGAUUAACGCUGAAGGAUAAUGGCGAGAGAAAGCGAGUGCGCGAAACGUUGACAAAUUCACAGCAAAGAAAAGAAGAAAAAAAACACACACACACAAACCGGGUGGUGUCUACGAUGCAAAGUGUUACAGUGAUUCCUGCGACGAGCAGCGGCCACUAAGCAAUUCACGCCCGUCGUUUUUCUCGUGCAGACCAAUCGCCCCCCGGUCUAUGGUGGGACAAUUUUAACACACAAAGCACAAACCGAAAGUGCGAAGAUCGAUUCGCGCACAGCCCGUGGCGGGUGCGAUCACGCGAUCAAGGAGAAAAUGCGGAGUUCAGCUACCCCCGCGCGAGGAACCGGCGGUGGUAGAGUAAAAAUAAAAAUGCUCCGAUUAAUUGCGGCCAUCCUCGCCGUCGCCGUCGCUGGCAUUUGGUUGCCGCAAGCGGUGGUCGAGGGUGCGGCGGUCGCCGGGGGUGGUGUGGGCAGUGACGAGAGUGACACGCUGCCAAUACUGCCCCAACCGAGCGCGUCCGGUGGUAACUUCUGCCAGAAGCAGUGCCCCUGUCUGGGAAAUGCCAUCGAUUGCUCGAAGAAAAACCUCAAGUCGCUUUUCCCGAUGCCGCACUGGGUGGAUAAUCUCGACUUGGCGUCCAACCGUCUGAGCCACGAUACGGUAUCUGCGCAAUUGGUUGACCUUCGUCGGCUGCAAGCAUUGAAUUUAAACAACAAUCGGCUGCGUCGAAUACCGGUACUAAUGGGAGUCAGGAACUUGACGAAGUUGGUCCUAAGUAACAAUGAAAUUGAAAUCAUCGAUAUGGAGGCGUUAGCGACGUUGUCAUCUCUAAGGUUUCUCGAUUUGUCGCGGAAUGCUAUUCUGGAGGUGCAGACUCAGUCGUUUCCGUCGAGAAACAGUUUGCAAUAUUUGAAUUUGAAUUUCAACAAGCUGACAACGCUAACGAAAGGCACCUUCGAUCGGUUGACGUCCGUGAAGAGGCUAGAGAUCAGCGGCAACGCGUUAGAGGAGGUACAAAGUCUUACUUUCCAGAACCUCAAUCAACUCAAAAGCCUCAAGCUCAACAAUAAUCGCAUUCCGGCUCUGAUGGAUGGUGUGUUUCAUGGGCUCAUAUCGAUAGGCACGCUCGAGCUGAAUAACAACAGCAUCACAAGCAUACGAAAGGGCGGAUUUUUUAAUCUAACUAGUCUCACAAACCUUGCCUUAGCCCACAAUCGGAUCGGCGAAAUCGAGCAAUCCGGGUGGGAGUUUACGCCUAAACUUAUCAGCUUGGAUCUAUCGUACAACCAGCUUGAAACACUAGAUCGAUACACGUUUGAGGAGCUGUCCGCAUUGCAGACUCUCAACUUACAAGGAAACCGCAUUUCGGCAAUUGGUGAGGGUACCUUCAACGAGACGAGGCUCCUGGAGACGCUGUAUCUGAAUGCGAAUCGUAUUUCUUGGACGAUUGAGGAUAUGCGAGGCCCGUUUAUGGGCUUGAACAAGCUGACGCGGUUAUACUUGAACGCGAACGAAAUCAAAUCCGUCAGCCGGACGGCUUUCCUGGGUUUAAAAUCUCUUACGCUCCUGGAGAUCAGUCAGAAUAAUAUCUCUUCGAUACAGAACAACGCGUUUAAGGAUACCCCUCGAUUAAAGAACUUAAUCAUGAACUCGACGAAUCUAAUAUGCGAUUGUAAUCUGGUGUGGUUUUAUCAUUGGAUCAAAGAGCGAAGGGAGGUGUUCCAAAUUGACGCCGAAUGUAUCUAUCCCAUUUGGCUUCGCAAUCGUUUGAUCCGUGACCUGCAUCCUAGUAACUUUUCUUGUGAUGAUUCCCCUAAGCCACAUUUGAUCGAGGAACCGAGAGCUCAGCUUGGUAUUCGAGGCACGAAUGUAACGCUUGUGUGUACGGCCACUUCAACAGCCGCUACUAAAAUGACUUUUAAAUGGAAGCAAGACAACCUCGAGCUACCGUCAGAACAAUUCACAGUUCAGCAGAUCAACAACGAUAAUGGCACAAUCGGAUCGUCUGAAUUGACCAUCCCAAACAUCCAGCAAUCAGGUGCCGGAAAAUACCAGUGCAUUAUAACGAACAACUACGGUGUUGUGUAUUCAUCAAAAGUGAAAGUAACCGUAGGGACCUAUCCCAAAUUUCGCAAAACACCGUCUGACGUUAGCGUGGAACCAGGAAAAGUAGCACGAUUGGAUUGUGCAGCGAUGGGAGAGCCAAAGCCACAAAUUUCUUGGGAAAAAGAUGGUGGAAAUGAUUUCCCUGCGGCAAAGGAACGCCGAAUGCACGUCAUCCCGAACGAAGACGCCUUUUUGAUCUUGAAUGUGCAGUUGAUUGAUAUGGGUGUGUACAGUUGCACCGCAGAAAAUCCGGCCGGUAUUAUUCGAGCCAACGCAUCAGUGGUCGUAUUCGAUAGUCCAACAGCACUUCGGCCAAUCAACAGUCUAGAGACUCCUAUUGGCAAAGCCAGUGUCAUCGUGUGCAGAGUAUCCAUAUCGCCAAAACCAGUCAUAUUGUGGUUGAAAGAUGGUGAACCGAUAGGAUUAACGGAGCGUCAUUAUAUUACGGGUGACGGCCAACUGCUGGUGAUCGUUGACACGGAAAUAGCAGAUGCCGGAUUAUACGAGUGUCGGCUAGCGAAUGAACUAGGUACUGAAAGAGAAUCCACACGUUUGAUCGUCAUUGAUGCACCGGAGGACAUGCACGGAUCUGUUGUGGGCGAUACGGGCACAGGAUAUGUACCAGGUGUGCUGGAGGAUGUGGAAAUUCACUCAAAGCUAUUUAGCUCGUGGUUGACCAUAGCGGGUUCCUUGAUAGUUUGCGUGUUUGUGACGUCGCUAAUCUGGAUGAUUUGCAUGUAUCGCAUGGAGAAACGAAUUCGAGGAGGCGCUAUGCGAUGUUCUGGGGAAACGGAAUUUGAUCUCGCAACAGGUAUGGAGAUAAAUCAACCUAACUUGAUUGUACGAAGCGGCGUCGGGACUUCCACUACACCUGCCGGUUAUUUUGAGUACUUGAUUCCAAUGGUCCGCAACAAGGAGAUAACAACCAAUGUAGACGACGACGGUGACAGUGCCGAUUGUGGUACGAUAGGACGAGACCACGGUGGUUUUUAUACGGCAGUUGCUAAUACGAAGACUCGCUCUACAGAGCUUGAUUCAGAUGAUUUAGAUGAUGAUCUCUCGUCCAAGGAUUCUGGGACUGGUGGUGAUUGUGCUUCCGCAACAGGCUCAACGAAUGCUGCUCAUCGAGGCAGUCAGGAAGAUUUGAAAUGCUUGCUACAUUCUCUCAACCGUAAGCACACUAGCGACGUGGAAUUGAAUCACCAUCGACAAUAUCAACUAGGCACACGAUCCGAUGCUUCAUUGCUACCUUCGUCACAGAAUGCACACGAUCCGGAUGAUGAUCCGAGAAUUGAACCUCCUCCUGCGAUACCGCCAGUGAACGCCACAUCUACUGUGUUGAUGGGUGGCCCGGCCACUAUUCAACCUUCUAUUGGUCCUGCUUGCUCUAUAGAAGACUAUAUUCCAUCAACAGCAGGGCUUUCUGUCUCACGCUUACCAAAUUCACAAACCUUCCCGGGAUUCACUCGCGCACCGAACACACUAACAGAGGCAUCGUUGCGAACGUCUUCGUUGGAAGCUUCUGCUGAUCCAGUCAUUCCGACUGCAAAAGAACAGCCUGUUCCCCAGAAGCAGAUACAAGUAAAUCAACUGUACCAACUGCUGCUAGAAAACCCGAGGUUAAUGGAAAAACCGGCCAAAUAUAGAACCAAAUCAAUGGAACAAUGCCACAGCAUGGAUGCUGUACCGACUUCCGCUAGCAGUGGUAUCGGCACGGGGAGCAGUAAUGGCAGUACGAUGAACGGUGAGUGCACCAGUGAACUGCGGCAACCAACAACGAGAACGAGUGACACGAGAAGAAAAGUAAACCGAUAG